CGGAAGGAGCAAGCAAGAAAAGAGUCCGGAACCAGAACCGUUACCAGAAACUUGUAUAGGGAAGAAAGAAAGAAAGAUAUCGGUCAAGGAUACGAGAUGAGAUGAAAUGGAAUAAAACCAAGAAAAUUAAACCCCCAAUCGAAUGCAUCACGACAGAGAAAGAGAGAGAAAGAGAGAGAAAGAGAGAGAAAGAGAGAAUAGAACAGAGACCACCAAAUCACCACCUAGCAUCAUUGCCCGUGAGAGAAGCCGUCUAUUGCUUUGCUUGCUUGCUUUGCUUUGCUUGCUGCCAGUGUCUUCGUCCCCCUCAAAUGGCCGAUUUGCCGCAUACCAUCCCAUACCAUCCCACCACACAGCCGCCGCCCGUCUUCCGUUCAGUCCGACAAAACAGUCACCACAACCACCAGCAGUGCGCCACCGUAUAACCCCGCCGCCAAACCAGAGCGCCCGAGCCUGAACGAGAAACCAGAUAAGAUUAAGAUAGACCGACAAACAAACCUACGCGAGCAGAAACAUGGGGAAGAAGUGCUGGGGAAAGGGUAGAGCUGCUUGGGAAGGGCACGAAGGGGGAUUAAGAUGAGAGUGAGGGUGA